UCGCUGUUUUAUGUUUAUCAUUUUUAUUCAUUGGCCAUGGAUCGCCGAGAACUGCGUCCUCUGCGAGCGGCCGCUUGCACUACAAAGAACAAGGUGCCUUUUGUCAGCUUGGAGUGCAGUUUCCAGCUGGACUCGGCAAGAUACUUUGUCGCAAGAGCCUUUGGCGGGCAAAAAACUUUGUACGAAGAGGCCGCCGUUGAUUGACCAUCCCGUCAAAGCAGUGGCCAACGGCGAGAAGCAAAACUGGACCAAUGAUGGUGAAGAAAUAGAAGCUCAAAAGGCAGCAAAGAAGAUCCGCUGGGAUGAGAAGGACCAGCGCUUCAUGUUUUCCAUCCGAACGGAGGGAAAACACGUAAGCUUCCAGACCACCUGUCGAGCUGCUGGCAGCAAAGAAGCGGCUGAGCGUAUUUGCCGGCUUUGCUUUGAGAAGUUCGAAUCUGGAGCAUCGAAGCAAGAGGUGAUAGCCUAUCGCCAGGGCUUAUACCAAUCUGGAGAGGCUGCGCAGGAGUCUCAGGACCCCUCAGCAAAGAAGGACAAGGAUGCAGAUUUGAAGCCCACUCCAUUGAAGCAGGAGCAAGAGCAUCAUCGUGGGCUUGGGGCCCGCUCCUUCUGGACCUUCGUUUCUGAGGCAAUGCGAGGAGCAUUAUCACGAAAUCCAUUGUGCAGACGCUUCUACCUGGAGCCAAGGGUCAUGAAAGAACAUAUGCGACUGCGGGGCAGCGUGGUUUUACUCGCCUUCGCUGGAGCCAAACGUGUUCUAGGAUCUCCAGAUCCAGGAUGGGAGGAGGUGCGUGUGGUGGCAGCAACUCAAACGUGGGCCAAGGCAUCCGUGCCACCUCUACGGUCCCUGCUUCUUCCCUAUGGUCACCUUCACCUUGCCCAAGUGGCACAACUCCUGGCAUCCUUUGAGUCCGCUGUGGCCUUGAAGGCAGAGUUUGGACUUUCGAGCAUCCCACAGGAUGCGAUUCCGUCAGAUUGGCGUCCACGGCCAUUAGAGGAUGCUGAUGUGAGUCCACCAAUCAAGCGCAAGGCAGAAGCCAUGAACCAUUUCAAGAUGAGCAACGAGCUGCUAUCAACAAAACAAGAAAAGGGCCAGAAGGAGACAAAGAAGAUGCCAGGUGAAAAGGCUGCCAGCGUCAAAAUGCCGGACAAAGCCUUGAAAAAGGCAGUCUCCAGCAAUGAAGAGGCCACCUGCACAAAGAACUCCAAGAAGAAAUCUUUUGGGAAGGAGGCAGCCAGCUUGAAGAACUCAACAAAAGGAUCUGAGAAAAGAUCUUGUCGGAAGGAGGUGGUGAAGGCAGCCGACAAAAGCACAUCAAAGAAAGUGCCGAUGUCAAAGAAACUAUUGGAGAAGACAGAGGCGGCAAGCAAGACGAAGUCCAAGCGAGGAUUCAACAAAAUGCCUUUCUCGGAAAAACCUUUGAAAGAGGAAGAGGUCGCCAAUGCGAAGAAAGCAAAGAUUUCAGAGAAGACACACUUGGCGAAGAAGGAGAAUGCAAAGAGGUCUCAGGCAGAGGGAGAGGUGAAACCUUCGGGUCGCUGCACCAAGCAGAAGCCGUCAACAAGCAGCUGCGAGAAGGGAAGACAUGCAGACAUAUCCAAGGCACCAACGGGGCAGGCAUGUGGAAGAGCAGCGAAAGAUCAUAGCAGUGAUCGUGUGUGCAAUAUUUGUGGUGGGCCCAGCUCAUGCGCGCCCAAGUCGUGCGAGAGGUGUACUGCAGACUUGGCCAAAAGGCGUGGGCUUCGCUUUGUUGUGAACGACCUCGUUUGGUGCAGUGGCUUUGGGCCACGUUGGCCAGCCGAAGUGGCAGCCCUUGGCUUCGAUGGCCCACAGGAUUCUAACCCCUACGCUGUGAAGUUCCUUGGAGAAUCCACUGGUGCUUGGGUCAGUGAGGCCCGCAUGGAGCCCUGGGCUCACAAGAAGGCACCCUCUGUCGCACCUCGUUGGCAACGGCGAAUGAAGGUAGCUUUGGAGGCGGCUGAAAGGCGCCUGUCAAAAUGACAGGCACAUUUUUUUGUGCGGGGUGAAGUAUCUCAAGUCGUCUGGAGUGCGCCUUCAGGGUGAAUUCGAUGCAAGACCGUGGGGAGUCUCCACACCGAUUUCGUC